GCACCAAGAAACAAAACACAACGUAUUUCGUCACUUCCUAAUAUUUCCCGCGCUGGUUUUAACACAGCUGUCACUGAGCUGCACUAGUUUUUAUUUCCACACAAUGUUGACCUCCGACUACGACCCCGCUUGUUUACCGGAUUUACUGCCACUUUAUUACCGCAGACUGUUCCCAUAUCCACAGUAUUAUCGGUGGCUAAGCUACGGCGGCGUGUCCAAGAACUACUUCCAGAACCGUGAAUUCUCAUUCACUCUCAAAGAUGACAUCUAUGUUCGGUACCAGUCGUUCAGCACCCAGAGUGAACUGGAGAAGGAGAUGCAGAAAAUGAAUCCAUAUAAGAUUGACAUUGGUGCAGUUUACAGCCACAGGCCCAGCCAACACAACACAGUGAAGUCUGGAACUUUUCAGGCCCUGGAGAAGGAACUGGUCUUUGAUAUCGACAUGACUGACUAUGAUGAUGUCAGAAGCUGCUGCAGUGCUGCAGAUAUUUGCUCCAAAUGUUGGACUCUAAUGACUAUUGCCAUCCGUAUUCUGGAUCGAGCACUGAGAGAUGACUUUGGUUUCCAGCACCUCCUUUGGGUGUAUUCAGGCAGGAGAGGAGUGCAUUGUUGGGUUUGUGAUGAAGCUGCCAGGAAGCUGUCAGUGGCAGCUCGUUCAGCUGUGGCUGAGUACCUCAGCUUAGUCAAGGGUGGUGAGGAGACGGUGAAGAAAGUUGUGCUAUCAGACCCCAUUCACCCCUUUAUCAGCCAGUCUCUACAUGUAGUGGAGUACUACUUCCCUCAGUACGCAAUCGUUGAACAGGAUCUGUUGGGCAGUAAAACAAGUGUUGACAAAGUGCUCAGUCUGUUACCUGAAGAUGUCAGGAAGGAGCUAUUAAACACAUACCAGACUGAGAAGAAUCCAAUGAAGCGCUGGGAACAGCUAAGAACUGCAGUGCACCAGCACCAGAAAAGGACAACCAGUAAGAAGGGGGCUCAGUACUUUGAUAAGGAGAUCAUGCUGCAGUACUGUUACCCACGCCUAGAUGUUAAUGUCAGCAAAGGAGUCAACCAUUUACUGAAAAGUCCAUUUAGUGUUCAUCCUAAAACAGGUCGAAUUUCUGUACCUAUUGACUUGAAAAAUCUGGACAAAUUUGAUCCAUUUGAAGUUCCUACAAUCAGCCUUAUCUGUGAAGAGCUGGACAAACCCCUAACUGCUGAGGAGGAGGCGGAUAUGAAAGAUAAAGAAAAUGGAACAGAACCUGGUGAACGACGCAAAAUCAGAGAUUACAAGCAGACUAGUCUGGCCAAGUAUGUGAAGCUCUUUGAUAAUUUUCUGGAUGCGAUGGCUCGUUGUAGAAAGGGAGAGAUGCUAAAGAAAAGUGAUCUCCAGAAAGAAUUUUAAUUCACACUGAUGGUCCAACACAACAGUUGAGUCAUAAGAAAAGUCUGAGAACUUGCUGCUGGACUGCCUUAUUCUUCUACAACACAGCUGAAGCAGUUUGCUAUAAUGAACAUUUGGAUGUUUCUCUUACCCGGAUUCUUGUAUGGUUAACAAAAUUAAUGAUCAUAAAACACAGAGGCACUAUUCAUUUUCACAACCAACAGAUUUUUUUACUGUAGAAAAAUGUCCCUCCUGUCUGUUAAAAUGUGCUUGUUUUACCAAUAUUAAAGCAAUUGUAUAUUA